AUGAGUCAGUUGAAGUUGAGUGGCCACAGGGGAAUCCUGAAUGAGCUGGGUUCAAAGUCAGAGCCUCUAACUCACCCUCGAGAUGUGGCUACCUUUCCUGGUACAGUUGGCUCUAGCACACCGAGAGUCACAAGGAAGGUGACUCUAGAUCUAUCUGUACUUGGACAAAACAGAGAUUUCCGAAUGACAGUUCCCAGGGACUGGCAGCUCACUGACCUGUACCUAGCAGAGGGAGACGUUUGUCAGGUUAUUCUGCCUGAGACUUUAUCAGAGGCACAAGCACUGCAGAUCACUGUUCGCAUUGGUGCACAUGUCGACUGGCUUCAGCCUCAUUCAGCUAAUGUCAUCAAUGGACAGUUUGAACGCAUGCCCAUAGUGUCUGAGGUAUUCGAUGUCAAGCCGGGAGUGAAUGAGAUCAGAAGUCAGUAUGGAGGUAACCUCAUAUUUAUAUUCAGUGAAGGGGAGAAUUUCACAGUUGAUGUUGAUAUUACGAACGUGGUCGAGGCGCCAUACUAUCGAUAUGGACAGACAUCGAAUGCAGAAUGGGACACUAUCAAAAUGAAAGAUGCUCCUCAAACUCUGAUGGAAUCUGAUAAAUGUGUGGUUGUUAUUGCCACAACAGAUGCAAGAGGAAUAGCCAGUCCUGACGAAUUGAUGUCUCGUUAUGAUGAAAUUGUGGAGAUGCUAAAUUACGCUGCAGGUUUUGAUGAGUCUGAAGUGCCACCACGUGGGAAACAGUGGCUGGUGAAUGAUACUCAGAUCACAGCUGGAUCAGCCCACGCCGGAUUCCCGGCUAUGUUUUGGCGUGUGUAUUAUAACAUGGCUGAUAAUCGUACUCCUUAUGAUUGGGUAAGUUGGCAUGAACUUGGCCACAACUACCAACAAGGUCCAUACUGGUCAGGAGCUUAUGGUGGCGAAUCAACAGUCAACUUAUUUUCGUUGUACAUUCAAGAGAAGCUGUUCAAUAGUGACAGACUAGAAGAGCAGAAUAGUUACGCCACAGCAGCCGAUAAAGUGGACAAUGGAAUGACCUUCGACGAGGGAGACGUGUGGGAUCAGCUGGUGUUCCUGAUGGAGAUCAAGCACGCCUUCCCCGAGGGAUGGGAAAUGUUCCGUCAGCUAAAUCGCACAACUCGAGCUCUUUCUGACGACGAGGCCAAAUAUCUGACAGAAGAUCACCAGCGGCAGAUCGACCAUGUGUACAAGAACCUAAGCAAGAGUGUGGGCUACGACCUGGUCCUUACCUACGAUCGCUGGGGUCUCAGCCUAAGCCAGGAAGCCAAGGAUGAAAUUGAACAACUGGGUCUGGAGAAGGCGCCGGGAGACCUCUCUCACCGACCCACCAAAAAGCCUUCUCAAGUAACAGAUAUGUCCGACGCUCAAAUGUAUACACCCUGUGUUAUCAUACACAAGAAGAUUUAA